AUGCACGUUUCCCUCAAACUGGCCUGCACUUUGUUGUGCUCAGGGGCUGCUGUGACCGCACAAUCACCAGUCGUGAACCUCGGAUAUGCCACAUAUCAAGGCUCGUCAUCUGGUGGAGUUAACAGGUUCCUGGGUAUGCGGUUCGCCGCAGCACCGACAGGAGAUCUGAGAUGGAAAGCCCCAUCGCCCCCUCCCACAGUGUCUGGAGUCCAGUCGGCCUCUCAAUUUGGUCCCGUCUGCAUGGCCGUAAACGCCGGGCCAUCGCCGCAGGGACAGAGCGAGGACUGCCUCUUCGUCAACGUAUGGGCUCCUUCAGGUGCUGGUCCCGACUCCAAGCUACCCGUCUGGGUAUUCAUCCAAGGUGGUGGAUUUGAGAGCUUGGCUUCCGCAGGAACAGAUGGCAGUGGAGCGGUGGCCAACUCGGGAAACAAAAUCGUCUUGGUAACGCUCAACUACCGAGUGGGAAUCUUUGGUUUCCUGGCCAGUUCUCAGAUCCAGGCCAACGGAGUAGCAAACGCCGGCCUCUAUGACCAGCAGGCCGCUCUGCUGUGGGUGCAACAACACAUUGCUCAGUUUGGCGGUGACCCGGCUCAUGUCGUCCUCCAUGGGCAGAGCGCGGGUGCAGAGGCGGCAUCACUGCAGCUCGCUUCAUUUGGAGGCAAGAACCAAGGUCUCUUUGUAGGAGCCAUGUUCGAGUCUCUUCCCGCAAUCACCCAGCCCAAGGUGUCGGAGAUCCAGUUCCAGUAUGAUGCUCUGGUGGGCAAUGCUGGAUGCAGCUCCAGCUCUGAUUCCCUGUCUUGCCUUCGAAGCCUCAGCACUACGGCGCUGCAACGGUUCAACGUGCCCAUUGUCUAUCCCGGAAGGCCGAAUGCUCCAAACUACCCGUAUGUUCCUUGCGUUGAUGGUGUGUUUCUGCAGACCACUGCGUAUGAGGCCUUCCAGACCGGAAAAUUUGUCAAGGUGCCCGUGUUCUUUGGCAGCGUCACGGAUGAGGGAACAACCCUGGGCGCCCCCAACGCGUCAUCGCCCGAAGAGAUCGAGACUUUCUUUCAGAACAACUACCCACGCUUGACGAGUCAGAACACGUCUGCCAUCAUUCAGCAGUAUCCCGAGAACAUCGAACCUCCGUUCAACGGGCAUGCUGCCUGGUUCCCUGCUGCUGAGCUUGCUUAUGGAGAUGUGCUCGUCACUUGUGUUGGGCUCAACUUUGGCAAGUAUUUCGUACAGGCCGGGCAACCAAUCUGGACAUAUCGCUUCAAUGUAUUGACCCAGAGCAACAUUGCAAACGGAGUCGGCGUUCCUCAUGGUUUCGAUCUCGGCGCAGUGUUUGGCGGAGGUUUCGAGGACUCUGACCAAACCAAUGUGGCUCGCCUGCAAGGGAACUACAUAUCGUUUGUCCGGUCGUUGAAUCCGAACACUUUUGCAUUUUCCGGUUCGACUUCGUGGCCGCAAUGGAACGGGCAGGCUGGAGGACAGAGGCUUGUAAUCAACAACAAUAACACAGUUGUUGAGGCUGUCCCGCAGGCUCAGAUGAGUCGAUGUGCGUUUUGGGAGAGUUUGGCUGCCGAACUGGAGACGUAG